GGAUAUUUAAACGAUUUAUCUUUUUUCUUCAUUUAUUAAGAUUGUCUAUGAUGACGUUAUUUAAGGAUAGCCAGCAGCUCUGAUCGUGAAUCCGCACAUGAAUGACCCGUCAACGAAUCAAUAACCAACACAUAAAACUUCACAGCAAUAAGGUUAAUAUAACAAGAAAAAUAACACCAUAAAGUGAAAUAUCAAAAAAUAAAGAAAACCAACAAAAAAUUGAAUAUAUUAUAAAAUCAAGAAAUAAAAUUAAAACACUUGGCCAUACAUCUAAGAGAAAUAUAGUGGAAAUAAGUCUGUACAACAGCAAUACUUUUUAUAAAGGAAUUGAUGCCAAUUGGAAUUAAAUCUGUUCACUUCUUGUUAUUUAAGGUCAAGUAUUCUUUAUUUCAUUUCUUUGUCCCCAUGUGUAGGGAGUUUCUAAGAAGAUUAAAUCAUAGGAGACCACACAGCUAAUUUGAUCACUGGCCAUGUUUUAAUACAUUCACAAUAUACAAUAAGACCUUUAUUUUCCAAGAUACAGUAAAACAUUUAUUUAACAAUAUACAGUAAAACCUUCAUUUUACGAUAUACAGUAAAAUGGUUGUUGUUACACAAUCUAUCUUCAGUUAAAACAUUGUUGUUACACUUUCUAUCUUCAGUUCAAACAUUGUUGUUCCACUUUCUAUCUUCAGUUAAAACAUUGUUGUUACACUUUCUAUCUUCAGUAAAAACAUUGUUGUUACACUUUCUAUCUUCAGUUCAAACAUUGUUGUUACACUUUCUAUCUUCAGUAAAAACAUUGUUGUUACACUUUCUAUCUUCAGUUAAAACAUUGUUGUUACACUUUCUAUCUUCAGUUAAAACAUUGCUGUUACACUUUCUAUCUUCAGUUAAAACAUUGUUGUUACACUUUCUAUCUUCAGAUAAAAACAUUCUUGUUACACUUUCUAUCUUCAGUAAAAACAAUGUUGUUACACUUUCUAUCUUCAGUUAAAACAUUGUUGUUACACUUUAUAUCUUCAGUAAAAACAUUGUUGUUACACUUUAUAUCUUCAGUUCAAACAUUGUUGUUACACUUUCUAUCUUCAGUUAAAACAUUGUUGUUACGCUUUCUAUCUUCAGUUCAAACAUUGUUGUUACACUUUCUAUCUUCAGUUAAAACAUUGUUGUUACACUUUCUAUCUUCAGUUAAAGCAUUGUUGUUACACUUUCUAUCUUCAGUUAAAACAUUGUUGUUACAUUUUCUAUCUUCAGUUCAAACAUUGUUGUUACACUUUCUAUCUUCAGUUCAAACAUUGUUGUUACACUUUCUAUCUUCAGUUCAAACAUUGUUGUUACACUUUCUAUCUUCAGUUAAAACAUUGUUGUUACACUUUCUAUCUUCAGUUAAAGCAUUGUUGUUACACUUUCUAUCUUCAGUUAAAACAUUGUUGUUACAUUUUCUAUCUUCAGUUCAAACAUUGUUGUUACACUUUCUAUCUUCAGUUCAAACAUUGUUGUUACACUUUCUAUCUUCAGUUAAAACAUUGUUGUUACACUUUCUAUCUUCAGUUAAAACAUUGUUG